GAAGGUAGUUUGAGAAACUGUGAAUCUGACGAUAAUUCAUUCGAUAAUCUGACGAUAGUUCUAGAGUUAUUACACUUGUUGAUUUGAUGAUCUUUAAGAACCCUAAAACACCCUCGAACGAAAUCGCAAAACUCUCUUUUCCCUAAAUUUGAAGGUUUUACGUAUAAACACCAGAUUUUAGCAUAAUUCGUUGCCAUGAAUGCGGAAAAGGUGUCUUGUACUCUGCCCGGCGUGGAACUCUCAAAUUUGACACCCUCCAAAUUUAACCCCAAUUCUUCUGUCGUGUGGUUUCAUAGGAAAUUUCAAGUUCCUCUCUGCAGCCACACAUACACAAAAUGUGAAGCGUCUGGGAACUCUGGUUCAAACAGCAACAACUUCCAGAAAUUAAAAUUGGAUGGCCCCAUUCAGAGUAGAGGUUUAGCUGGAAAAACCUUUUGUUCUGUGGGGAUAUGCACAGAUCCUUUGAGUGAUAAUGAAUGUCAUUCACAUGUUGAGGAGGAAAAAGUUGGAGUACUGCUUUUGAAUCUUGGAGGCCCAGAGACACUUCAUGAUGUUCAACCCUUUUUGUAUAACCUAUUUGCUGACCCAGAUAUCAUCCGUCUACCAAGGUUGUUCCGAUUCCUACAACGACCUUUAGCACAACUUAUUUCUCUACUAAGGGCACCGAAAAGUAAAGAAGCAUAUGCCUCCAUUGGAGGUGGUUCGCCUUUGCGGAAGAUAACAGAUGAUCAGGCUGAUGCUCUUAAAUCAGAACUCGAAGCAAAGAAAUUUCCUACUAACGUCUACGUUGCAAUGCGUUACUGGCAUCCAUUCACUGAGGAAGCUGCUCAGCAGAUUAAGAGAGACAGGAUCACAAAACUCGUAGUGCUACCUCUUUACCCUCAAUUUUCUAUUUCAACAACCGGGUCAAGUAUCCGUGCACUCCAGAACAUCUUUAGAGAAGACAAGGUUUUGUCAAGGCUUCCUGUUGCUAUUAUCCUGUCGUGGUAUCAGCGCUAUGGUUAUAUCAAGUCUAUGGCUGACUUGAUUGAGGAGGAGUUGCAAAAUUUUAAUACACCUAGAGAGGUUAUGAUAUUCUUUAGCGCCCACGGGGUGCCAGAUACUUACGUCGUGGAUGCUGGUGAUCCGUAUAAAGAUCAAAUGGAGGAAUGCAUCUACUUGAUAAUGCAAGAACUCGAAGCAAGAGGAAUUGAAAAUAAGCAUAGAUUGGCUUAUCAGAGCCGAGUUGGGCCUGUGCAGUGGCUGAAACCAUACACUGAUGAAGUACUUGUUGAGCUUGGCCAAGAAGGUGUGAAGAGUAUUCUUGCAGUUCCUGUUAGCUUUGUAAGUGAGCACAUAGAGACACUGGAAGAAAUAGAUAUGGAGUACAAAGAGUUAGCCCUCAAAUCUGGUGUCGAAAACUGGGGUCGUGUCCCGGCUCUUGGGUGCACCACGUCCUUCAUCACGGACCUGGCCGAUGCAGUUAUUGAAGCCUUACCUUCUGCUACACCAAUGUCAACCUUUUCAGCCAAUACCAGCUCUCAACAAUUUGAUCGUGAUCCAAUCGGAUACGCGAUCAAGAUAUUCAUUGGUUCCUUUUUGGCAUUUAUUCUGCUGUUAUCCCCUAGAAUGCUAUCGGCAUUAAGGAAGCCCGUCGUUUAGAAGACUGAUAAUCACGUAUCCUUUUUAUCGGGUGUUUUGAAACUUCACGAUUGUUGCAUUUUGCCGAUGGAUUUUACAUUUUAGACCUUUUGAGGUGUCGUAGCAAACAGGAUAAGUAGAGAUCAAACCGGAAAAAGAGGAUUAUGGGCACGGUUGUUUUAGCAGAUAAAGCUCGUUCGUUAUUUUAAAAGGUCUCUAAGUUCGUAUUUUAGGAAUAUUACGAAUUUUGGUUGUAGGUUUAAAGUUUAUCGGACUCGUGUGAAUGAAAUGUUAGAGCAAUUUAGUA